AUGCGUAAGGCGGCUCUUGUCAGCCUUGGGGCGCUGCUCGCCGCCUCGGCACCCAGUGUGCCCGCGGAUGUCGAUGUCGCCGUGCCGUAUUGGGUGCUCAAAGAGACAGUUGAAACGAUGCAAAAGGCGCUCCUUGAGCAGGAAGCCAGCAACACUGCAGCGCUCGAGUCAAUGCGUGAGGUGAUUGAUGGCCAAGCAGCGGCCAUCGGCGAACUCCACGAGGCUGAGUCCCGGCUGGCGGCCGCCAAAGAGGCGCUCCAGAAGCAGCUUGAGCAGCAUGCAGCUGCAGACGCCACUGCCCUCGAGACCAUGCGCAGGGGCAUCAAGACCGUUGCAAUGAACAGUGGAUACGCGUUGCAGGCGAUGGGCAGGGUGAUUGAGGACCAAAAGGCAACCAUCGAGGAGCUCAAGGGACACAGCGAGCGACAGAGCACCAGUAACGACGGGCUGCAAAAAACUGUCGACUCGCAGGCGGCAGCGCUUGAGGCGAUGCGCAGCACAAUUGAGGCGCAGGUGACGAACGACGCCGCUGCGAUCCAAUCGCUGCGGCAGGUGGUUGGUGAGCAGGAGUCUGCGAUCGAGCACCUCGCGGAGACGGACUCAAAGCUAGCCGCCUCGAAGGCGAAGGUCCAGAAGACGUUGGAGACACAGAGCUCAGCGGACGAGGCGGUUAUCGAGAGCCUGCGCGCCGCGAUUCAGCGACAGGCGGCACGCGACGCAGCAGCGAUUAAGCAGCUUCGGACGAAGAUGGCUGAGGUGGCUAAGCGCGACGCGGAGACGAUCGAGAACAUGCGGCUGAAGAUGUUGGCGGAGAUGCGGGUAGCGGUUCGAGAGCAGCUCGCAAAGGAUGAAGUCAAGCUCGAGACGCAGGCAUCGACAUACGAGUCCGCGAUCGAGGCGCUACGCGCGGCCUUGGGAGAGCAGGCCACGCAGGACCAGGAGUCUCGGAGGGCGGCGGUGGCGAGUCAGGCCUCCUCCGAUCGCGUGGUCAUCGACGAGCUUCAAAAGGUCGUGGGGGACCAGACCUCAACGAUCGAGCAGAUGAUGAGGAUCGAUGCGAAGCAGGCGGGUCCGAUGGCGUUGCUUCGAGCGGUCCGCGGCGUCUCGCGCGUCGCGGCAGGAAGGAGCGAGAUAACAACGAUAUCACAGGCUGCCGUGUGCGCGCGAUCGGCGAGGAUCGUGAGACGUGAGAUAACUCUAUAA